UUUGGGUUUGGGUUCACCACUUGGCCCGCCGCCAUUAUGACCCCCACCUCCACCUGGCCGCGGAUGCUGUAUAUACGGGCUGCCCUCCAUCUUGGUGUCGGCAAUUGGAAAUGCGAUGUCAUCAUCGUGCGCGUUGAUAUCGAGCCUUGGUCCUGGUCUCGGACCCGGUCUCGGGUUUCUUGGUCCGGUGGGUGCAUUGGGCGGAGGAUCUGGUUCACUUGCACUUCCGCUGACCUGGAGGAAUUCUGCCGAUAGGUUUGUGACAGUGGUGGGACAAGACGCCAUGGCGACUGUGGUCGACAUGGUCAGAGAUUGGAAUUGUCCCUAUUGUGGGGAAGAUCAAAGUCGAUGUUUGAGUGUGUUGCUUUCUGUGGAUGAUGUCUUGUCUGUCGAUAUAAGUAAGAUACGAGAUGGUUAUGUCUGGGUAUUGGCCGGUGUGGAAGGAGUCUGAUAUGAUAGUAUCGUGGUAGCUGGUUGUUUUCACGGGGAUAUCGAGGGAAGAUAUAGUCCCUUGAACGACUGAAAUUGCAAUAUUUAUAAGUAUGUUCCCAGUCGGUCGUUUGCUCGUCACUACGUC